AUGGACCAUAUAGAUUGGCCCGAGUUCAAAACAAUGUUUUACAAAGAAUUUAGAUCGGAGGCGGAGGUAACUAAAUUAAGGAGUGAAUUCCUUAAUGACUCUCAAGGAAUUCUUAGUUUAACGGAAUUUCGUGCUCUGUUCCUCGAUAAGGCACAAUUUUGUCUGGAAUUCCUAGAAAAUGAUCAAUUGUUGAAAGAACAAUUCUACUUGAAGUUAAGGAAGAGUUUGAGGGAGAAGAUUAAUUUGUGCCAAAUGGAGUCCUUUUCCAAGUUGUGCGAUGUGGCUCGAGAUCAUGAGAUCGAGCAAUCAAGGGUUGAUGAGAGUGAAUUUAAGAGAAAGUAUGAUGGAGAUAACUCUCCAAACAAAAGAUUCAAACAAGAUGGUGGCUCCGGUAGUAAUGCCGCAAAAAGAAAUGUUCCUUUUUGCAAGAAUUGUAGAAGAAGUCAUACCGGCCCUUGUAGAUCAACGGAAAAGGGAUGCUAUAAUUGUGGGAAACCGGGUCAUAUGAGCCGGGAUUGUAAGUCAAAACCCCAUAAACCCAUCAUAUGUUUCAAGUGUUUUGAAGAGGGUCAUAUGAAAAGUUCAUGUCCUAAGUUGACCGAAGAAGAGAGACAAGCAGAGAGGAGGAAAGAAGUGGAAAGAAAGAAUGCUCAAACUCAUGGAAACCAAUGA